AUGAAUAGUAUAAUAGCCUCUAAUGCUGUAAAUCCAUAUUAAAACUCUAUUUUAGAGUAAGAUAAUUAGAAGUACUAUCUGCCAUUAGUUGAUGAGCACCAAAAUACUUCUUUGUAUAAGGAUGCUUAAUAAAGGAUAUUUCAUGAGAAUUAUGGCAAAAAUAAGCCUCUCUCAGAUAUUCCAAGAAGUAUUAGAAUUCGGAAUUAGUAAGUAUUUCAACAGCAAGUUGCUGAAUAGGAUUAAGGACACAUUGAUAAAAAUGCUUAUCUAUUUCAAUAGCUAAAUAACAAAUAAACACCCAAUAUCUCUGCUCUUGAUCAUUUAUAACAGCACUCUACAGAUAGUAGAUUUAGAGAUCCAAGAUAAAGCGAAAAGUCUCUUAAGCCAAAUAUAUCUUAUGGUUAAAUUGGGAAAAUUUCACCUUUUUCGCAUUAAAGAGACAAUGAUAUUUUCAUAGAUCCCUAUACAAAUCAUUAUAACUCAAGAGAAUUAAAUACCAACUAUGAUAAAGAUUUAGGGAACACCAAGAAGAGUUUAAUGAAUACUGUCAGCAACAUGGUGCAACUGCCUAGCCUUUCACGACGAUUAAUAAUUAAAACCUAUAACAUUCCUUAACUCGUCCUAAUCACGCAAAACUUCCUUCUUAACAGAGAAAGACCAGACGUUUUAACUUGCUAAACUCAACAGCAGAUAUGA